AUGCUCUCGAGAACACCCAGAGCAGCUCUGCGCUCGACUCGAGUAGUGAAACCUUGUCAACCUCCCAAAACCCUGCAACCUCGCAACGUCAGAUUCCAGUCCAACGCUCCGGCCAACGCCAGCUCAAAUGCACCCUCUGGCUCAAGCCACGCCCUGAUAGGUGGACUGGCUGGCGGCACCUUUGCCUUCCUGCUAGGUUACACCUGGUACUCCUUCUCUGGCAUGAAAUCUGCAGUCAACAGCGUGCACUCAACAAAGUCCUAUGUUGAGAGUGCGUUCAAGAAAACCACGGAGAAUGCGCCGGAGCCCAGUCAAGCGGUCCAAUGGCUGAAAGAGACGGUGCAAAGCUACACAAGGCUGAUCCCAGGAGCCAGCAAGUACGUUGACUCAGCUUUCCAGGACAUUGAGAAGAUCCAGGAGAACCAUGGAGAUGAGGUCAAUCAGAUCAUCAACGACACCUACGGUAAACUCAAGGGUACCACCAACAAAGGAUUCAGCAUGGAAGCAGCAAUGCAGGCUUGGGACAUCCUACAAGAUGCCUUCAAGCGCAUCGGCAAGCUCGCAGGCAGUGCUGGGCAGGAAAUCAUUGACAACCAUCCUCAGCUCAAAGAGCAGUUCGGCGGACGGUUCCAGCAGCUGCAACAGAUGGGAGAGCAGUACGGUCCUGAAGCCAAGAAGGUGGUCGACGACACGUGGAACCAAGCCCGUGACAUUCUCGCCGGCGGUGUCAGCUUCCAGACAGCCCAGAAGCUUCAACAGUUGAUACAAGAGAAGACUCAACAAGUGCAACAGUUUGGCGACCAGGCAUGGCAGAAAGGUAUGGAACAGGCCAAGCCUUUGCUGGACAAGCAACCAGAGUUGAAGAAGCUCUUUGAAGAGAACAAGGGAAAAUUACUUCGAGGGGAUCUAGGCCAGUUGUGGCAAAAGGUGCAACAGGCGACACAAUCAGGCAACACGGAGGACUUACAGAAAUUCGUUCAAAACCAAGCACAGAAAGCUUCGGGCAGCGCUGGCGGUGGCAUCGAGCAGUUCUUGCAUAUGAUUCCCGGUGGGACAGAGAUUGGACCCAAGUUGCAGCAGCUACAGGAACUCAGCGAGAAGCAUGGCCAGGAGGCGGAAAAGCUCAUAAAGAGUGCGAUUGAGGAUAUCAAGAAGGUUCUCUCCCAGAAGGUUGAGGAGGGACAACAACUGAAGGAGAAGGCCAAGUCUGAUGCUAAAUCAUAG